AUGGACCUUUCUCUUUCCCUCACUCUGGAUGCAGUGAGGCAGAAGUCGAUCAAAAUUGAGACCGACGGGAAGAGGAAGCGGGAGGAUGAUCACUCCCAAAAGUCCAAGAAAGGGAAGUUUGGGUUUGGAAAGAAUCAACAGAGGUCAGAUGAAAAACCUGUCUGCAAGACCUGUAACAAACAACAUUCAAGACAGUGCCCUUCAGACCAACAAGCGAAGCCAUGUGAUAUCUGCAGGAGAUCUGGUCACAAGGCCUUAGAUUGUAAGGACUUAAAGAACACUGUCUGUUAUGGCUGUGGUGAUAAGGGCGACAUUAAGACUAACUGCCCCAAACUUGCCAAAGAAGGUACUGCUAAGCCUGGAGAGGCGAAGAAGGGGAAUGCCCAAGCUUUUCAGCUAACUGCAAGGGAAGCAGUUAACGACACAAAUGUCAAAACAGGUACGUUCCUCAUCAAUGAUAACUUUGCUAGAGUUCUUUUUGAUUAUGGAGCUGAUAAGUCAUUUGUCGACCAUAAGUUUAGUAAACUACUAAACCUACCUAUAAGAACUCUAGAUAUAGCAUAUGAGGUAGAACUAGCAGUUGGUACCUUAGAAACCGCUUCUUCUAUUCUUGAUGGAUGUUUUACAUCCAUUAAGAAUCAUUCUAUUCCUAUCUCUCUUCUGCCAAUGAAUUUGGCAGGGUUCGAUGUAGUCUUAGGCAUGGAUUUGUUAUCUCAUAACCAAGCCUGUAUUGCAUGCGAUAAGAAACUCAUCGAAGUUAAAUCCCCAUCUGGUGAAAUGCUCACCAUCCAUGGAGAUCUACACUAUAGUUUGCCUGAGAAGGUGUCACUACUCAAGGCAUCCAAGUGUCUGAAGAGUGGAUGUGUCAUCUACAUGGAACAAGUGACGAUUGACGAGCCAAAACCCAAGAUUGAAGACAUCUCAGUCAUUUAUGAAUAUCCCGAUGUAUUCCCUGAAGAGCUACCCAAUCUACCCUUGGAGGGACAAGCGGAGUUUAGGAUUGACAUUCUACCAGGAGCUGCUCCUUUUGCAAGGGCUCCAUAUCGGUUAGCGCCGACAAAGAUGAAGGAGUUGAAGGCCCAACUAGAUGAACUUUUGGAGAAAGGCUUUAUUCAGCCUUGUUCUUCACCUUGGGGAGCUCCUAUUUAUUCGUCAAGAAAAAAGACGGGUCAAUGCGAAUGUGCACUGAUUACCGUGAGCUAA